CUUUGACCUCGGCGCAUUCGAACCCCGCCGGCGCCGUCAUUGAAUAGCGCCCGCCUGUCACUCCAUUCAACCUGAACUGCUUUCAGUUCACAUACACACCAGAAUCGCCCAGAAUGUCCCACUCCAAGCCUGUGCUCCCGCAAAACGACAAUGUCGCCCACGCCCUCGCCGGUGCAGGCGGCGGCGUCCUGUCCAUGGCCCUGACCUACCCGCUCAUAACCCUCUCGACCCGCGCCCAAGUCGAAUCCAAGCGCGCCGAGACGGCCUUCCUCGCCGCAGUCCAGAACAUCAUCGCGCGCGAGGGCGUGGCGGGCCUCUACUCGGGUCUGUCGUCGGCCCUCUUCGGCAUCAGCGUGACCAAUUUCGUGUACUACUACUGGUACGAAUGGACGCGCGCCUUCUUCGAGUCGGCCGCUGUCAAGGCGGGGCGAGCCUCCAAGAAGCUGACCACCGUCGAGAGCAUGAUCGCCGGCGCCAUCGCCGGCUCCGCCACCGUCAUCCUCACCAACCCGAUCUGGGUCGUCAACACGCGCAUGACGGCCCGCAAGCACACGACCGAGGCCGAGGAGGGGGACAAGGACUCCCUGCCCGGCGGCGCGCCGCCCAAGCGGGAGAAGAAGCCGAGCACCAUCGGCACCCUGCUCAGCCUGCUGCGCACCGAGGGCCCGCAGGCGCUGUUCGCGGGCGUCGUACCCGCGCUGGUGCUGGUCAUCAACCCGAUCCUGCAGUACACCCUGUUUGAGCAGAUGAAGAACACGGUCGAGAAGAAGCGCCGCGUCACCCCUACCGUGGCCUUCUUCCUCGGCGCCGUCGGCAAGCUGUUCGCCACCAGCGUGACCUACCCGUACAUCACCGUCAAGAGCCAGAUGCACGUCGCAGCCGCGGGCGAGAGGAAGGAGGGCGUCAUGGAGGCCAUCAACCGCGUCAUCAAGGAGGAGGGGUAUGCUGGACUGUACAAGGGUAUUGCCCCCAAGGUCACGCAGAGCGUGCUUACGGCCGCUUUCCUCUUCGCCUUCAAGGACGUGCUCUACGAGCACUCGGUCCGACUUCGGGGUUCUAUGGCCAAGAAGGCCCUCGCUGCUUAAACCAACGCAGCGGAUAUGGAUAGACCGCGGGUGAUGAGAUACUCACCCCCAUCCAGGACACCCGAAAGCCGAUCAGGGUUAUAGGAGAAAGGCAUGCAGCUAUAGCACCCAGUCAUCGCUAUAUUGGGGUCAAACGUAACGCGCCGAUAAAAUCUCGACACGGGGUAGGGAGAGAAGGAACCGAGGGGGAGAGUUGACGGGGAACCGACGUGCACCGAGGGGACCAUGAAUAACACAACAUUGUAUAUUAAACGUCAAACUGUGUAAAGUUAACCGGCGGAGGGAGGCGCAUAGAUUGGUCGGGGGGGCAAUAUCAUUUUCUUUUUCAUUCAGAAACAGAUCU